AUGGGAGCAAAUCAUUCAAAAAAUACGCAUAGAUUAAGGAAAGAAUCUACUGGUUCUGAUCAUUCUUCAAAUAAAAAAUCACUCGAAAGAAAGACUUCUGUGUCAUCGAAUACAGAAAAAUAUAAAUAUAUCGAAGGAAGACGCUUCCAUAAUUUGCCUGACAUACAUUAUGACCUUCCGAAUGACGAUGACGAAGUUGAUCGCUUACAUUUAGAACAUUUUUUGAUACGAACUGUAUGGAAAUCAAAUUAUUCAUCUCCAAUAGAUGAGCUAUUGGAAGCCGGAUGUACUGUGUUAGAUAUAGGGUGUGGUCCGGGUGCAUGGUGUUUAGAUAUGGCAACAAAGUAUAAAAAUUCCAAGUUCUUUGGAUUAGAUAUCUCUCCAAUGUUUCCGAAAGAAAUAAAACCGAACAACACAAUAUUUCAAGAGUGUCAAAUACUUGAUGGAAUUCCAUACAAUGAUCAAUCAUUUGACUUUUGUCAUAUGAGAUUCAUGUUUCCUAGUUUCGACGAAUCUCAAUUCGAGAAUAUUGUAAUUAGAGAAGUUAGUAGGGUUUUGAAAGUUGGAGGUUAUUUGGAGGUUUGCGAGUAUGAAUUAUGUCAGAAUUGUGGACCUAUUCUGCAAAGGUUGUUAGAUCUAAGAUGCGAGAUGAUGACGAAUAUAGGACGGAAUCCAAAAAUUGCUGCGCUUAUUGGUAAAUUUAUGGAAAAAACAAAUCUUUUCGAUGAAGUUCAUUUCGAAGAGAGAACAAUAGGAAUAGGGAGCUGGGCAGGAAGAAUAGGAGAAGUGGCAAAAGAUGACGUUGUGACAAGGAUGUAUUCUAUAAAACCCGCGUUAAUGAAUCAUAUAAAUGGUCUCGGUAUUGGGAUCUCAUCAGAAGAUUAUGACGAGAUGAUGAGACAAUCGGUAGAUGAAUUUAAUGAAUAUCAAACAUAUUUUGUCACAUGCAGAUGGUAUGGGAAGAAAUUGAAAUAA